AUGGACGGUAUCGUGAAUCAUGGCUCGGGCCGUCCCCCUCCUGGGCCUCCGCCUGGUUCUGACGAGCACCAACCGACACCACCUCCCCCUCCCCCGGAGGACUCAGUCGCACCGCCGCCGCCACCUGAUGCGACCGUUCCUCCACCUCCUCCAGACGACAUCCCUCCCCCUCCUCCAUCCGACGAUAUCCCGCCACCACCUCCAAUUGAAACAAAGAAGAAGAAGCAAGGGUGGGGUACGAAGAAACCAGCUGCUCCACCCGUGAGUGUGGAAGAACUCAUUCGGAAGAAGAAAGAGGCAGAUGCGGAAGCCGCCAAGCCAAAAUUCAUUCCCAAAGCCGAGCGAGAGAGGCGUGCGCUGGAGGAACGACGCAAGGAAGUCGAUGCCCAGCGAGAACGCUUGUCAAAAGUCCGUCGCUUCGAAGAUGAGACCGAGGCCCCUACCGGCCCCCGUGCGAUGCGUCAAGACGCCCUAGAUGAGAAAUUUUCGCGAUCUUACGACAAAGAAGCUUCAAAAGCGAAGAACGCCCAGGCCGAUAAGCAACUCGCGGAGGAAGACGAGGCCGCGGCACAGGCCGCUCUCAUCAGACAACGAUAUGUGGGAGUCGAGCAGACCUCAACUUUCUCAGCAAAGAAGAAGCGCAAGCGAACUACGGAUCGCAAGUUCAAUUUCGAAUGGAAUGUCGAGGAUGAUACCAGUACCCCCAACAACCCUUUGUACCAGAAUCGGGCUGAUUCGAUCCAUUUCGGUCGUGGACGGCACGCAGGUCUUGGGGACGAAGCCGUGGAAGCCAACGUCCGCAAAAUGGCGGCCACGAUCGAGCGUCUGGAUCCCGAGAAUGGCAAACAGCGCGCUCAGGCAAUUCUGGCGCAGGAACAAGCCCGUCGUGAACGAAACAGACGGACUCAAAUCGACGUACACUACAGCCAAAAGAAACUUAGUGACAUGCGUGAGCGCGACUGGCGUAUCUUCAAGGAAGAUCAUGAAAUCGCAACCAAGGGCGGCGGUGUACCUAACCCGAUGCGUUCUUGGGAAGAGAGUCAGUUACCACGGGAAGUGCUGGAACUCGUUCAUGAUGUCGGCUAUACAAAGCCCACUCCCAUUCAGUGCGCCUCCAUUCCCAUUGCCAUGCAGUCGCGCGAUCUUAUCGGUGUUGCCAAGACAGGUUCGGGUAAGACCGCUGCAUUCCUGCUCCCGCUUCUGGUGUACAUUUCAGAGUUGCCACGAUUGGACGAGAAUGACUGGCGCAAGGACGACGGACCAUAUGCUCUCAUCCUGGCCCCGACCCGUGAAUUGGCUCAGCAGAUCGAAAUUGAGGCUAAGAAAUUCACUCAGCCGCUCGGAUACAACGUUGUUAGCCUGGUUGGUGGUCACCUCAUUGAGGAACAAGCCUACAAUCUCCGCAAUGGCGCGGAAAUUAUCAUUGCUACCCCAGGCCGUUUGGUUGAUUUUAUCGAGCGACGCAUGCUUGUCCUGAACCAGUGCUGCUACGUUAUCAUGGAUGAAGCCGACCGUAUGAUCGACAUGGGUUUCGAAGAACCUGUCAACAAAAUCCUCGAUGCCCUUCCCGUCACUAACGAAAAGCCUGAUACCGAAGAGGCUGAAGAUCCUAAUGCCAUGAAGCAGCAAUACGGCGGUGAAAAGUACCGUCAGACAAUGAUGUACACUGCCACAAUGCCUUCAGCCGUUGAGCGCAUCGCUCGUAAGUAUCUUCGUCGACCUGCAAUCAUCACCAUUGGUGGUGUCGGUGAAGCUGUCGACACCGUCGAACAGCGCAUCGAGUUCAUUUCUGGUGAAGAAAAGCGUAAGAAGCGCCUGGCGCAAAUUCUUACUUCGGGCGAAUUCCAAGCCCCCAUCAUUGUCUUCGUCAACAUCAAGCGAAACUGUGAUGCUAUCGCCCGCGAAAUCAAGCAGAUAGGCUUCACUUGUGUUACCCUGCACGGCUCCAAGACCCAAGACCAGCGUGAGGCCGCCCUUGCCUCGCUCCGCAGCGGCCAAACCGAGGUCCUGGUUGCGACUGAUCUCGCUGGUAGAGGUAUCGAUGUGCCCGAUGUCUCGCUUGUCCUCAACUUCAACAUGGCCACCUCGAUCGAGAGCUAUACUCACCGUAUCGGUCGUACUGGUCGUGCCGGCAAGAGUGGUGUCUCCAUUACCUUCCUCGCUAGCGAGGAUAACGAUGUUCUUUACGAUCUCAAACAGAUGCUCGUCAAGUCGCCUGUUUCUCGAGUUCCGGAAGAAUUGCGCAAGCACGAGGCCGCGCAAUCCAAGCCAAACCGUGGCCAGAAUAAGAAAAUUGAGGAUAGCUCUGGAUUCGGAGGCAAGGGCGGCUGGGCGUGA